GCACUACCAAAUAUGCCCAGCUGAGACGGGCCUUUUAGCUCAUCUUUGAUUUUGUAUUUUCUGUCUGACAAAGGUUUUGACAAAAUGUCACGAUAUCACAAGGCAGCCAUUGAUGGGUAUCUUGAACUUCUGAAAGAAGCAACCACACAAGAUCUCAACACUCCGGACGAAGAUGGAAUGACACCAACUUUAUGGGCUGCCUACCAUGGAAAUUUAGAGGCUUUACAGCUAAUUUGCAGUAGGAGAGGGGAUCCUAACAGAAGCGACAUCUGGGGUAACACUCCACUUCACCAUGCCGCCAAUAAUGGUCACCUGGCAAUCAUCAGCUUCCUGGUGAACUUCGGCGCCAACAUCUUUGCCCUAGACAAUGAGUUUCACACGCCAAUGGAUGUUGCUGCCUCACGAGACCACAUGCAGUGUGUGAGCUUCUUGGACAGCGCCGCCUCACAGCAAAGCAACAAGAAUUCCAAAAAGGUGGAGAACCUGAAAAAGCGUGCCACCAAGGAGGCUACGGAGCGUGUGAAAAGAUGCGAGAGAGUAAAGAAGAGGCACCAGUCCAAGAUGGACAAGAGGUACCGCGGCAGUAUAACGCAAGAGCCCAACGCGGCCUCCUCAAACAACAUGGGUUCCAUGAGUGGCGUCAACGAUCAGUUCUCUAAGCUCAUCGCCUCAGACAAGUCUGGCUCUCUCACAGCAAGGAUGAAAGGAACCUUACAGCGGAAGUUUGGCAAGAAAGACGCGGGGAUGGCGGAGAUGCAGGGGGACAGCAACGUGAUCUUCAUGAAACAGAACGGCUCCACAGAGAAGCCUGAAUUUGCUGACAUGUUCAAUGAGCAGGAUGAAGACGAGGACGAGAGCGGAAUUGGAGAUCUCAAUGAGGAUGACGCAGAUGAUGGAGGAGUACAUGAGUCCAUCUUCCAGAGGCCAGGCCUGGGCAAAAUGGUGUUCCGCAAGAACUUCUCCAUGGAGAUGGGAGUGGAGCCCGAAGACGGGAGUGGAGACUGGGAAGGUCCCAUGGGUGACGACCUGGCAACUCUGAUCCACAAGGAGGUGAUGGAGACAGAGGAAGAUGACAACAGUGGUUUUGCGGCGGAGGGAAGUGUCCCUUGGAACCAGGAGGAGAUCGGGUUGGAUGACCUUGACGAAGACAUGACUCCGCUGGAUGCAUUCCUGUCCUCCAUCAGCCUUAUGGACUUUGCGCCCGUAUUCGUCCGUGAGAAGCUCGACCUGGAUGCCCUCAUGCUAUGCAGGGAUGAGGAUCUUAGGGGCAUUCGCAUCCAGCUGGGUCCCCGCAAGAAGAUUCUGGAGGCAGCAGCAAGACGCAAAGCAGUUUUGGACCACCCUGGAAUUCUGAAAGACACCUUCCUGUGAAGUAGCAUGAAGAGGGGAAAGGAAAACACUGAACUGAAUAGUAGCAUGCGUCAGUAGAAGCACACAUUCGUGACCUGUUAAGAACAAACUAAAUUAAAUUAAAGCUUUCUUCAUGUUUUCUGAAUGUAUAAGCAGUUGGAUUUAUGGGGUGAUUAAGGGCAGAUUGACAACAGAUGUAUAAAACCAAAAUGAUGAUGAUUAGUGAAGAAAUUAAUGCAUAUCCAUAAAGGAUGAUCAUACGCCAUGUUUAUUUUAUAUCCAUCUCUCUCUGCUGUCAUCAGAAUUUACAAAAGGUUCUUGGGAGUGGUGUCUUUUUAUCUAUUAUUAACCUUG